GGAUUUUCCAUCGAAUUCGGAUUCGGAACCGCGCCAUGGUCCGCUGCAUCAUCGGCCUCGGGGGCCCUUUGGCGAAAGAGUUCCCCUUUCUGCGCGCCCACGUGGGCCGGGCCUUUGUGGAGCACGUCGCGGAUGCGCAGGGCUUCGGACCCUGGCGCCCCAACAGCGUGGCCCUGGCGGACUUCGCGGAGCACGGCAGCGGCCUGGUGCUGUGUCGGCUCUGGCCGGACACCACCCAGGAGCCGAUCCAGGCUCAGCACGCGGCGAAACAGGCGUUGAAGUACCUGGGGGUGCGGUCAGCUCAGCACUUCGUCCUCUGCCACGCGGAGCUGCGCAAAAGCUGCGGCCGCUUCGACGUGGCCGAGGGCCCCCGCUCCGCGCCGGUCUGGGCCAAGCCGGUGAUCGAGGCCGUGAGCCCCGAGUUCACCCCGGGGAAGAAGGCCUACGAGCAGCCCAUGCGCAUCAUGUUCGGCGUCGGGGCCCCCAGCAGGUCCAGUUUGUCGCCCAGGAUGGACCGGUUCCGGGAGUCCCGGGUCUCGGGCAGGGAGGCCAACGCCAUCUUGCAGUCCGCCUUCCCUGCGGCCUACGAGUGGCUGCAGAAGCGCUGGCUCGGCCCCGACGCGGUCACCGGCGGGGCGGUGCUGCGGCGGAAGCUGCCGCAGGACAAGCGGCGACAGGAGCUGGAGCUGGAGGCGCGGCGGAUGCGCAGCGACGGCGCUGCAGAUCGCUGAGAUGGCUGAGAUCCG